AUGGCCGAUACAAGCAAACGAACCAACGAACAACUACAGGCCAGCGAGCUCUUCGGAGUCGGUCAUAUCACGGCCGUGGUGACCGGUGGAGGCACAGGUAUUGGGUUGAUGAUUGCUCAGGCCCUUGUCACCAACGGAGCAAAGGUCUACAUCACUGGUCGAAGGAAAGAAGUGCUUGAAGACACUGUCAAGCAGUACAAUAAUGGUGUAGGUAGCCUGCAUGCUUUGCCUGGCGACGUGAGCAGUAAAGAGGGUGCGAUUCAGCUGGCCAAGGACGUGCAAGAGAAGGAGCCGAGAGGCAUACAUUUGUUGGUGAACAAUGCAGGUAUCGCGAGAGAUGACAACACGAAAUUCUGUGUGUUGAUCCGGCGCUACGCUCGUGAAAAGUACUAA